AUCUUGUGAUGGGAGUAUACACUCGAACGAACGUGCGGUGCCAGCCCAGCAAGGAAGCCGUUAGGCUGCCGCAAGGAAAGGCGGCAGCUGAUUGGACGUUCACACGUUUCUCGCAUGCACGCUGAUUGGCCAACAGUUGGACGCAUUGGAGUGAGUUUGUUUGACUGAAUCAAAGGAAAAAUGUCAUGCAUUCACAAAGGUCGUUAAUUAUGGAUCCAACUAGCUGUAUAUACCGAUAUGUUUCACUCGCCCUCUGCCUGCGUUUUCGCCUGGUCCUUUUGUUUGCAGAAUAUACGUUUUGUCCCUGAAGGACCGACUUUUUACAUGGUGUCAGAGAAGGAGAAGAACAUUAGUACCACCCAGACGAUGAUUGGAGCUGCACCGGCUAUUCAAAUGCCUGCCCCGCUGAACAUGGAUGAACGCAGUUUGGCAAGCAACUGGCGUUUGUGGAAGAGCAAAUGGAUGGAUUUCUGCACUUUAUCGCGUCUGGACAAACAACCGAUGGCGUACCGCUUGGCCAUGUUUCGACACGCAGCAGGAGAUGAUGCGCGCCGCGUGCUAGAGACAUUGUGUUACGACAAGAGCGAAGAUGCCAACAAUCUGGAGACAGUUCUUGAGAAGUUCAGUGAAUACUGCGAAGGCCAAACAAACGAGACAUUUCAACGCUACCUCUUCUUUUCGCGGAACAGGCGGCCAGGUGAAUCCGUUGACACGUACGUCACUGAGCUAAAGAUUUUGGCCCGAUCCUGCAGUUUCUGUAAAUGCAUGGCGGACAGUCUCAUACGGGACCGCAUUGUUCUUGGGAUCAAUGACGAAGGUUUGACGAAGCGACUAUUACGAAAGCGCAACCUAUCUCUGCAGCAAUGUAUCGACAUCUGUAACAGUGAGUCCUCCACUGCCUAUCAGUUCCAGCAGAUGACAAUCACAGGUGAUUCAGAGUUGUGCGCCGUUUCCAGGAGCAAAACUACGAGGGCCACGACCGCGCGACAGGAGCCCUGCAACUUCUGUGCAACACGACAUCCGAGGAACCGCGAACAGUGUCCGGCGUGGGGCCGCAUUUGUGUCAAAUGUGGGAAGCGCAAUCACUUCGCCCGCUGCUGUCAGUCGACAGAUGUCAGUGCACUCGUUCCAGACAAAUCAACAGAAGACACCGAACAAUCGAUUGGUAACGUGUCUCGGAAAGCGUCGCAGAAGUGUGUCUAUGCAAGUCUUCUGAUCGAGGGACGGUCUGUGCGAUUCCAGUUAGACACAGGCGCGACGAUCAAUAUUUUGCCCAGAAAGCACUGCCGCGGCGUGCAAAUUCAAUCGGAUCAAGAUUAUUUGCGCAUGUGGAAUGGUUCCAGACUCAAGCCAAAGGGCUCAGCGACAAUUGAAGUGGUCAAUCCGAGAGACGGUGUUUCGCAUCGUCUGCAGUUCGUGAUCGUGGAUGAGGAUCUCACGCCGAUUCUCGGCAUUGAUUCGAUUUUAUCUCUUGGCUUUGUCAUUUUUAACCAUGAUCGUUUUGUGUACGCUUGUCAGAGUGAAGCCGAUGUUAGUGACCUGUAUCCGUCUGUGUUUAGCCCGGGUUUAGGGGAAUUUGAGGGUACCGCUCACCUGUCGUUAGAUCCUUUGGUACGCCCGAUUGCGUUACCUGCUAGGAGAGUCCCAUUUGCGCUACGUGACCGAUUUUCCGCGGAAUUGAACAAGCUGGUUAUGCAGGGUGUGAUUGCAAAGGUUGAUGAGCCAACAGACUGGGUUAGCCAGGUCGCAAUCAUUACGAAGAAAAAUGGCGAACUACGCGUAUGUAUAGACCCGAAGCCACUGAAUGAGGCCCUGCGUAGAGAACAUUAUGCGCUACCGACGUUAGAAGAUGUUUUACCACGUUUGACAAAAGCUAAGUUUUUCACGAAAGUAGACCUUUCUUCCGCAUUCUGGCACGUUGUUCUAGACGACGAAUCCAGUUUCCUCACCACAUUUGCUACACCGUUCGGACGUUAUCGUUGGCUGCGAUUACCGUUUGGCCUGAAGGUGUCUAGCGAAAUUUUCCAAAAGCGUUUGGUGCAAGCAAUAGAUGAUUUAGAUGGCGUAACCUGUGUGGCAGAUGACGUUCUGAUUUACGGUUCUACCGAAGAAGAGCAUGACACUAAGCUACACCGGUUCCUGAGGCGUUGCGUGCAAAAGAACAUCAAGCUAAAACGCGAGAAAGUAGAGCUGCGGAAAGAGGAGGUGAUUUUCCAUGGGCAUGUGUUAACAUCCGACGGAAUCAGGGUUGACCCAGGGAAGAUUAAGGCGAUACAAGAGAUGCCGUCCCCUAACGAUGUGAAGGCAGUCCAUCGCCUAAACGGUAUGGUGAAUUAUUUAAGCCGGUUCCUACCAGGACUCGCUGAUGUCAUGACUCCGAUUAGGCAGUUAACUCACAAAGGAGUAAAUUGGAGCUGGGGGAAGGAACAGGAUUUGGCUUUCGCAACCAUUAAGAACCUUAUCAGUAAUGCGCCCGUACUCGGAUAUUACGAUCCAGCACAACCAUUGGAGGUACAGUGUGAUAGUAGCCAGAGUGGAAUAGGUGCUGUUCUGUUGCAGAACGGAAGACCUUUGGAUUUCCGCAGUCGAGCACUCACAGAGGCCGAGAAGCGGUACGCACAGAUCGAGAAAGAGAUGCUGGCAGUGGUCUAUGCCAUGGAGCGUUUCAAUGAUUAUACUUUUGGAAGAAAGACAACCGUGUACACUGAUCAUAAGCCGCUGGUGUCGAUAGCCACUAAACCACUGAAUAACGUUCCUCGCCGUCUGCAGCGUAUGCUUAUCCGGCUCCAAAAGUAUGACAUUGACAUUGUGUACACACCUGGCACACAGAUGUUCAUCGCGGACACCCUGUCGAGAGCACAUCCGCCAGUGGCCGAACAUCAUCUAGAAGAGAUCGAGACAGUUAGCAUGGUGCAGCAUCUGGCAGUGACAGAAAACCGUUUGAAAGACAUAAGGCGUUUCACGGAGGAAGACCAAACUUUUGCAGCUUUGCGAGACGUUAUCCUCAAUGGGUGGCCAGAAACAAAGAAGCAGCUCCCGAAGGAAUUAACACCCUACUUCAAUUUUCGGGACGAACUCACUGUCUGUGACGGUCUGUUGUUCAAGGGAAGUCGAAUCCUAAUCCCUUCUUCUCUCCGAAAGGAGAUGCUGGAGCAUGUCCAUCGCGCUCACCUGGGUGCAAAUUACACCAUUAAUCGAGCAAGAGAACUGAUGUUCUGGCCAGGAAUGACAGGUCAGAUCAAGGAUCAUGUGUCUAACUGUGAGGCGUGCCGUUCACACGACAUUCGGCAAACGAAGGAACCGAUGAUGCUGCAUGAUGUUCCGGACCGACCGUGGCAAAAGGUAGCAGUGGAUCUAUUCUGGGACAACGGAAAGGAUUACUUACUCACGGUGGACUACUAUAGUGAUUACUUUGAAAUCGAUUUACUCACCACCACGACCACGGAGGCAGUAAUCAACAAACUCAGAUGUCAAUUCGCACGGCACGGGAUACCGGAGGAGCUAGUCUCGGACAACGGUCCCCAGUUCAGCAGCAGGGCAUUCCAGGCUUUCGCAACCAAAUGGGAAUUCGCACACCGGCAAACCAGUCCCUAUCACAGUCAAUCAAAUGGGAAGGCAGAGUCGGCAGUGAAGCAAGCCAAGCGACUAUUAGCGAAGGCUAGAGAUACUCGGGAGGACCCAUACCUCAUGCUACUGGAGAGUCGCAACACUCCUUCAACGGAUAUCGGCCUGAGCCCAGUGCAGCGCCUAUACAGUCGAAGGACCAGAACUGUGAUGCCUGCAUCCGCAACACUUCUGCGCCCUGUCACGCCACAACUUGAGAAAGUACAGAACAGUUUGAAAAGGCGAAUGGCUACUCAGAAACGGUACUACGACAACGGCGCACGGGAAUUACCUGAGCUGACAGUGGGGGAAGAAGUAUGGGUUGAACCAAUUCCCGAUGGACAGGAGCGGUGGAGAAAAGGAGUCGUGGCUGCGAAAGUCGGUGAAAGGUCAUACGAAGUAAAUGUUGGAGGGAAGAAGCUGAGAAGAAACCGAGUACAGCUGAGGAGAUGUCCGAGGCGACAGCAUGAAUCAGGGAGAGAGCGUUAUACUGCGUGCGGCAAUGAGGCGACAUCGGCAGAUCCAACAAAGAGGACGCGGAGUGGUAAAGUGUAUGGACUAUUUAGCAAAGUACAGCAGCAAGAACAUGAAAAAAGGGAGGAUGUGAUGGGAGUAUACACUCGAACGAACGUGCGGUGCCAGCCCAGCAAGGAAGCCGUUAGGCUGCCGCAAGGAAAGGCGGCAGCUGAUUGGACGUUCACACGUUUCUCGCAUGCACGCUGAUUGGCCAACAGUUGGACGCAUUGGAGUGAGUUUGUUUGACUGAAUCAAAGGAAAAAUGUCAUGCAUUCACAAAGGUCGUUAAUUAUGGAUCCAACUAGCUGUAUAUACCGAUAUGUUUCACUCGCCCUCUGCCUGCGUUUUCGCCUGGUCCUUUUGUUUGCAGAAUAUACGUUUUGUCCCUGAAGGACCGACUUUUUACAUGGUGUCAGAGAAGGAGAAGAACAUUAGUACCACCCAGACGAUGAUUGGAGCUGCACCGGCUAUUCAAAUGCCUGCCCCGCUGAACAUGGAUGAACGCAGUUUGGCAAGCAACUGGCGUUUGUGGAAGAGCAAAUGGAUGGAUUUCUGCACUUUAUCGCGUCUGGACAAACAACCGAUGGCGUACCGCUUGGCCAUGUUUCGACACGCAGCAGGAGAUGAUGCGCGCCGCGUGCUAGAGACAUUGUGUUACGACAAGAGCGAAGAUGCCAACAAUCUGGAGACAGUUCUUGAGAAGUUCAGUGAAUACUGCGAAGGCCAAACAAACGAGACAUUUCAACGCU